GUCGAAACAACAACAACUGUACGAGUACUGUCCCUUUUAAUGGCGGGUAAAAGUAAUAAAGUAAAAAUUCAAAAACGAAAGUAAACGAGACUUAAACACCCUAUAACUUAUAAACUUAAGAGUUUAUGACAACCAUGUCCGAUCCUCUGUCAGUGUCGGAGAGCGCUCAUGCAGUGUUUCUUUCAAGACAACCAGCUCUACACCCAGUGUUGCAGCAAUUACAGGAACUUAGGCAGACAUUUGCAGAUCCCGUUGUGAUACAGAGUUCCAGUGCUAGGUCAGACGUGGCUGACGUGGUGUUGGACCGAGUGCAGCCACCCACUGCUCACAAUGAUGAUGAGCAUGAACAAAAUGAAACCAUCAGUGCUGAGAUAUUCAGUGGGUAUCGUCACAGAGAAAUCUUGCCGGGCUGUCAGCCCCACCCAGGAGACAUCGUGGAGGCGGGACCUUUAGCUGCCAUAACCCCACCGGAUACAUAUUACCCUCUUGAAGAGUCUCUGCCAGGGGAGAUAAUCUCCAGUGGGAAACUCAGCAGUCUGCAAUUAGAAGGAGUUAUUCAAGCGUGCCAGAGGCAUCAGAUGGUACUGCCAAGCGGUCAGAGGGCCGGAUUCUUUAUUGGCGACGCAGCUGGGGUGGGAAAGGGCCGUCAGAUAGCGGGGGUCAUUUUAGACAACUAUGCACGAGGACGCACAAAGGCUGUCUGGUUCACAAUAUCCACUGAUCUUAUAGUGGAUACGAAAAGGGACCUUGGUGACUUAGGUUGCUACAUCAAAGUGAUAGAUGGCUGUCAAGAAUUGGACAAGCACACCAGGGUGCUUGGACUUCCGUCUGACUUCAAGGAGGGGGUAGUGUUCAGUACGUACGCCACGCUGGUGUCUUCUGUACAGAGGGGAGGCAGUGGUAGGACCCGACUACAACAGCUGGUUGACUGGUGUGGAGGGGAACAGUUUGACGGCUGCCUGAUCUUUGAUGAAUGCCACAAGGCCAAGAACUUUGUGCCCGGUAAAGAGCAAGCCAGCACCAAGGUUGCCCUGGCAGUGACGAGCAUACAGAGGAUGCUGCCUAAAGCCAGGGUUCUGUACUGUAGUGCCACUGGUGUCACAGACGUGAAGAACAUGGCUUUCAUGGAACGUCUGGGGCUAUGGGGCGAGGGAGCCCCCUACAACAACUUUGAGCAGUUCCUUGUGUCUGUACAGAAAAAGGGACUUGGCAUGGCUGAGAUUCUUGCCAUGGAGAUGAAGUCAGCGGGCAUGUACGUGUCCAGGGGCCUCAGUUACAAACAGGCAGAGUUCAUAACAGUGGAGGCAUCACUGAGUAAGGAACAGAGAAAGGUGUAUGACACAGCAGUGCAUGUGUGGAACGAGCUCCGUAAAGCUCUCGAGUCGGCUGUGGUACGGACAGCCAGUUCAAAUACUCGAGUGUGGCAGCAGUUCUGGUCCUGUCAUCAGCGCUUCUUCAAACAGCUCUGCCUGGGUAUGAAGGUCCCCACUAUCAUAUCAGAAGCCAAGAAGGCCAUGGACAGGGGACAGUGCAUUGUGAUUGGUCUGCAAACCACUGGCGAGGCCAGCCUUGACAGCGAGUUAGACAAGACGCGAGGCAAACUGACGGGUUUCAUGUCCCUGUGUCGGGAGAUAUUGUACAGAUUCAUCGAGAGUGCUUUUCCCACUCGUAUUGUUCCAACAAAAGAAGGUGAUGUUGCAGAGGAUGAGUGGAGUGUAACCGCUAAAAACAUGCUGCUUGAUUUCACGAAGAAGAUCAACCUGCCGGACUCACCGUUGGACGAGAUUAUCGACAAACUUGGUGGACCGAGUAAUGUGGCGGAAAUGACAGGUCGAAAAGGCCGAAUAGUACGACACUCGCCAAACGACACACCAAGAUAUGAGACUCGAACCCUCGACUCUGAGGCCUAUGGAGCUAUUGAUAGCCUUAAUGUGCAAGAGCGCAACAUGUUCAUGGAGGGUAAGAAGCUGGUGGCGAUCAUCUCAGAUGCGGCCAGUACCGGUAUCUCGCUUCACGCUGACCUGCGGGUGGCCAAUCAGUGCCGGCGCGUUCACCUUACUGUGGAGCUACCCUGGAGUGCUGACAAGGCUGUACAACAGCUGGGUCGCUCUCACAGGUCUAACCAGUCCAGUGGACCCUUAUACAAGUUGCUGACCACUGACCUGGGUGGGGAGAGGCGGUUUGCAGCAGCUGUUGCUAGGCGACUGCAGUCGCUAGGGGCCCUUACAAAGGGAGACAGAAGGGCAGCGACAGGGGCCGACCUAGCCGAGUUCAACUUUGACACCCAGUACGGCCGGAAUGCCCUGCGUACCAUGUAUCAUCACAUAUGUCAGAAAAAGCUGGUCCCAGGUGUGUCAUUGACAGAUAUCACAGGGGGAAAGUAUGAUGAAGAGGUCUUCAGCCUUCAUAUGCAGGAGAGCCUGGUGCUGAUGGGGUUGGUAGAUGUUGCCAUGUUGAGGUCUGGCCUCGUAUUGAAGGAGAAAGAUACAGGAGACGUGAGCAAGUUCCUCAACAGAAUUCUGGGUCUCCAUGUUGACAAACAGAAUAUGAUCUUCACCUACUUCACUGAGUGUAUGAAGCUGAUGAUAGACAAUGCCAAGAAGGAGGGAAGGUACAGCGAGGGAAUGCUGGACAUCUCAGCCUCGUCAGUAGAGAUGGUGGGUACGCCACGAGAGAUCUUCACCAAGUUCAACAAGGGACACACCUCCACUAGGCUGGUUGAGCUAAUGAUAGACCGAGGCAUGAGUUGGGACCAGGCCGUGGCAAGGGCAGACAACUACAGCGGCAAACACGACGGUUUCUACGUGUCGCGUCGUGAAGUGUGGGGCAAGAAGCUCUACAUACUGGCCACCCAAAAGGAGAACUCCACGCAUCUCUUCCGUAUUGCCAGACCAAACACUGGCUUAUCCUAUAUGGAUGAAGAGAAAUCAGAUCUCAACCUGCGUUAUGUGCUCGUGGACCGCGCAAAGGCAGAGGCAGGGUGGCGGGAACUGUACGAGGCGACGAGGGAUAGCUGUGUGCAUGGGGCGCAUUGCAAGAACAGGGACUUUUGUAAAGUGGGAAGUCGCUGCUAUAGUCUUCACCUGCUGUGUGGUAGCAUUGUCACCUACAUGAACGCACUGGAGGCUACACUCAACAGGAAUGCGCUGAAACUCAACCUAAGCAAGACGGAGUCCAGUAUCCGCGUGGUGCGGGUGAAGCUGAACGACGGAGAGCGUGUGGUGGGCGUGCGAUACCCGCAGAUACUCAUAUCGGAGGUAGAGGAGACAUUGCGGGAACAGAAUGCUCUCGAGGCUGUUCAACUUCAGCAACAGAGAAAUAUGACCAAUGGGGAUCAGCUUCCCUCAUCACAGUCAUCAUUGGUUACCCAGGGGUUGUGGCCUCUUUCCCAGCCUGCAUCCCGAUUGGCCGAUCUCCUUACACAGCCGACCAAUCAAACGGGGCCCUCUGCAGGCAGUAGUGAGGUGGUAGUCACUGGCAGGAAAACGGUGGUCGAAGACGUCACACCGGUUAAACCUAAAUGCUUGGCAAAGGCUCUGCGUCCACCAGUUACCAUAAAAAAUUUCUUUAAAACUACUGAGACUUCGGUAAACAUUUCUAAACAACCUGAAAGUGGUGAUUGUGAUGACUUGAACAGUUCUGGUUCUGGGGCUAGUAAGGAGCCAAUAUCUGGCGAGAAUCUAGUUAAACCGAAAUCAGUGCGGGAAAUUAGUUACCAGGAGUUUCUGAACAGAAAUGAUUCAGACUCUGUGAUAGACAAAAGCAACUUAGGCUCUGUGAUAAACAAGUGCAAGCUGAAUGUCUAUAAAGCUGCUGAUGGUGAAGAAAGUGAAAACAAGAAAUUGGUUAUUGCUACAUGUAUAACAGGUGCUUCUGGUGUCGGUGAAACGAAGGAAGAAAAAAUGAGAGUAAACCAGGUGAAUUCGGUUCAAAAGAAGCGACCACUGGAAGAGAAGUCUAGUUCACAACCACCAAAAAAGGCCAAACAGACUACGCUGUUCUCAACUUUUCAGAAAAUGGAGUCAAAGAAAAGUGUUGAAGCCAUGAGGGAAAUUACAUGCCCUAUCUGCCAGAAGGUGUUUGACAAGGGAAUAUCUAAUACAGACCUGAACGAGCACAUUGAUAACUGCAUUAUUGAGUGAUACAUCAGUGUUUUUUUUCUGCCUUUCUUACUUAUUUUAGAAAACAUUGUUCCUACGUUUUGGCAGGAAAUAUACCAACUUUUUAACUAGUUGAUCAACUUAUGAAAGGCUUGUUAAAAGCAAAUUUGUUCAUAGACCUCCUAAUGGAUGCUGCUUUUACUUUUGAAAGAAACUUUUGGUUUGUUCUUUUUAGCUUUUCUGUGGGUAAACAGGACUUAAUGCAUGUGCGGAUGAUGUCUCCAAGAUUAGUUAGCCUUUGCAGUUUGCACAGGCUCAUCUGGGACAACAUUUUCAUCUAAACUGGAUUUUUGCUUAGACAGAACUUCCUUAAAACAAAAAAAUACCAUAAAAGCUGAAUGUGUUGUCUCUAAUUAGCCUGUGCAGAUUGCACAGACUAAGUGCAUUGGUUUUUAAUCUCUGUUUUCAUACUGGCUAAGAAAUUGAAUGGUUAGUUUCAUUGUUCUGGUACAUUGAAAAUCACAUAUUUUUUUAUUUUCUUUAACAUGAAUACAUUUGUAAUUGGUAUUUUGCAGAUUGACUUUUAUGUUUAUACGUCAAUCGAAUGUUCUUGUCUCUUGGAAUGUAUCUUAUCGUAAUGUUUAUCGAUAUUUUCUCGCUGUUUUGUCUGAAAAAUGUAUACAUGUACAUGUAAAUGUUAUGCAUACUCAACUUAAUUACGUUACAAUUGCCACCAAUAGUUCAUAUUUUUAAGUUGCAAGUGUAAUAAUGUUUGCAUUGCUGUGCAUUGCUUCAUUUUAUAUAUAAAAGCAUUUUGUUGUUACUAAUUUGACAUAAUAAAUGAAAGUGCACUUUUUAUGCUCCCCCAAAAUUUUUGGGGGGAGCCUAUUGUCGCCACUUCGUCUGUCCGUGCGUGUGUCCGUCCGUCCGUGCUCAAUUUUUGUCCGGGCUAUUUUUCAGCAAUUAAUGACCGGAAUUCAAUUAAACUUUAUGGGAAGCUUCACUAUCAAAAGGAGAUGUGCAUAUUAUCAGCCAGUUUUGGUCGGAUGAUUUUUCACAGAGUUAUGGCCCUUUGAAAUUUUCCAUUAAAGCGGGUAUAUACGAUUUUUUAUAUGUGUUUAAUUGUAAUAUAUUGAUAAAAUAUGUCAAAAUAAUACAAAAUAGGCAAGAAAAAUUAUACAUUAAAGCCAAAUUUCAUAAAAUGCAGCAAAGACAAAUUAGCGCCCCGAGCCGAUAGUGACGUACAUAUUUUCCUACAAUAACAGAAGCAUUCGUCUUUGUAUUAGGAUCGGAGAUAGUGUUCGUGUGUCGUAUGAAUAGAUAUCGUUGCAGGAAUUCAAAUAAACCGUUAAACUAAGUUUAGAUGCACAUCGUACAUGUAUGGUAUACAUGCUGGCGAAUUCGGCUGUACAGCCGUUUUCAAUUUCAGAAUUAAAUAUCUGGCUUAUUUCGCAUUUUUCGACACAUGUUCUUCUUAACUUUUAUUUUAAUUUAUAUUGAAAUAUAUAUAUAAUAAGUUUUUUACACAGUUUAUAUAAAUUCAUAAAUAUUUGACAAAAUCGUAUAUAUCCGCUUUAACUGUACAUAUAGUGCAAUUCUUGUCCUCAGCAACUAAUGACCGGAAUUCAAUGAAGCUUUAUGGGAAGCUUCACUACCAAGAGGAGAUGUGCAUAUUAUCAGCCGGUUCUCGUCGGAUGAUUUUUCACAGAGUUAUGGUCCUUUGAAAUUUUCCAUCAACUGUAAAUAUAGUGCAAUUCUUGUCCGGGCUAUUUCUCAGCAACUAAUGACCGGAAUUCAAUGAUGCUUUAUGGGAAGCUUAACUACCUUGAGGAGAUGAGCAUGUUAUUUGUGGGUUCUGGUUAGAUUUUUUAUUUAGAGAGUUAUGGCCCUUUGAAAUUGUUAAGUUGCUAAACCAUUCAUGGUAUUAUUUUGUCCAAUGUUAUGCCCCUCAAGACGUUUCCUUUUAUUUGAAUAUAUAGUGCAAUAUUGUGACCAAAAAAAACUUUGGGGAGCAUCACCCGUCUCCGACGGUUUCUUGUUCAUUUGAGUCACAUUUUCAGUUGAAAUAAACUUGCCAAAUGCUU